GCAGCCAUGGCACACACCACUGCACCAAUGCACCAAUGCACCGAUGCUGCUGGAGACAUGGAGACUCGUGUGUGGCAACACUGCUAGCGCACGCAACAAGGGCAAGCCUACACUAUCACGCCAUUUCCCUUUGAACCCCCGAACAGCUCUGCUUCAUUCCUAUCACAUCAGCGUAACAACUUCUUUCGCACUUGCGAACCCACUCUGUGAUCGUCCCUACUUCGCCCAGUCACUCACUCCACUUUGAUUCCACAGAAGACGGUUCUCCUGUUCUCCUUGUACCUCGACCCAUCCGCCUCUCCUUCUCACCCCGCCCCUUCACACAUCCCACUCUGCCGCUCUGCUGCGCUGACAACGCCAUGCUACGCAGCACGCAGCAACACAAUUCGACGCCCACAGCGGUGUUCAUCUCGUUUGAGGCAUCGGACGCCGGUGCGCAGGCGCGUGCGCUGCAACGGCGCCUGCGCGACGAACAGGUGUGCGACGCCGUGUUCAUGAGCCCGCCACUCGCCCACCGCAACAGCCACGAGGCCAUCCACGCAGCAUGCAGCAUCAUCAAGAACGUCGACGUCAUCAUCAUGCUCGGCUCCGAGCUGUACGGGCACCGCUCUGCAGAGCGGUUCAGCUCACACGAGGAGCUGCGCUUCAUCCUCAAGGAAAAGGCAAAUAAGCACACGUGCCUCGUGCACAUGUGCACCAGCUUCCGCGACACAGCAACAGAGGCGCUCCUCGCCCAGACCGAGCACCACUCCUUCUUGUGGCUGGAAGCAGCUGACCCAGAAGCACGCAACACGCCACCAGAGGGUCUCAUUCAGACCAUCCGCGAGCUGGUCGCACGCCCCCACUCACCACCACCACCACAAGAUCACUGGCAGCCACAGCACUAUCAACCACCCCUCACGCAUGAGCUUGUUGUGCCACCUACGAUCGACAGCACCGCUCACGUGAGCGCUCUCUCCCAGCGCCCAUGGACGGGGCCACAGUCGCCCAGCCCGGCACUGUACCAACCCCACCAACAUCACCAACACCACCAUGACUACCACCACCACCUCUCAGUAACAGCACCAGUGUCACACACUCAAUCGCCGGCAAUGACGCCACCACAGCAACGCCGACUUCGACGUGGUCGCUCCGCCUCUGUGCCCAGACCACCACCGCAGGCACCCUCGGCCUCCAUGUCACCUGCUGGAUCGCACGAAGCGCUCACGACGAUUCCGGAGGAAGGGAUCUUCACGCUAGCCCUGAGGCGAACUGUCAGCCUCGAGGAAGGCUUGGUGGGACCAUCCCUGGCUAGAAGAAGUGGCGAUAGCGACAGCAGCAACGAAACCCUGCUAUCCGACGACGAACAGUGUGGCAAUGGCAACGACGACAAUUGCUACGAUGGGGGUUGUGAGUGUUCGAAUCACGCGGAACGCUCGCCACGCAACACGCAGCAGCAGCAGCCACAGCAGCAGCCAGCUGGUGAUGCCUCAACUUCAGCUCGGCGUCGCGGGCGGGCACGCAGCCUCUCAGAUGCGGUUCCCCCACAUCCAUCCGUCUUCAUCCAGCCGCCAGAGCUCGACAACAGUGACAACGACGACAGCGGCAACGGCAGCAACGACAGCAGCAACCACAACGACGGCGCUGUCAAGAACAAACUUGACAACAGCGAUGGCAACGGCAACAGCGGCAACGCCAGCAAGCACAACAACGCUGGAAACAACGACGACACCAACGAUGACAGCAACGACGAACAUGACACGAGCAGCAUAGACAAGGACACGCGCGCUGCGGUGAAGGCAACCGUUGAGCCAAUCCUGGGCUACCUGAGCCGCAACAUCAACGACCCCAGGCGCUAUGUGCAAGGACUUGCCUCCCUCAUCACAUACUUGCAUGAGCAGCCAGCGGAAGUGUCUGCGUGUGUCUGCAGGGACCGCAAGGGCCGCUACAGCAUCAUGGCCGCCAUGCGGGCCCACGGCAGCAACCGCACCCUGCAGCGCCUCGGUUGCUACGUCUUCAAACACCUGGCCAACCUCUGCUUCAGUGACGACGACGGUGAUGACGACCGCGACGAAGAUGUCGACAUGGACAACGACGCCACCAGCAACCACCACCACGAAGACGAAGACGAAGACGAAGACGAGGAGGAGCGAGACCUGCGCGCGUUCUUCAUGGUGGUGCCAUCGGUGGUGCUGCUGGCAAUGUGGCAGCAUCAGGACGACAGCGGCGUGCAGAAGUACGCGUGUCAGAUGCUGGAGGUGAUGGUGCGGGCCGACAAGCAGGUGCGACAGCGUGUGCUGCAGAAUGCGGGUGUCUCCGCCGUCACCAUGGCCCUGAAUGAACACCCGCUGAACAUCUACGUGCAGGCCGCUGGCUGUGCGGUCCUGUCCACCAUGGCGCGCUUCCAAGACCAGGGACUCUGCGAGAUUGUCACCACGCGCGGCCCAGCGCUCAUGCUUGAGGCCUUGGAGUACCAUGGCAACGACGCACACGUUGUGGGUGUCGUGUGCAACUGUCUGGCCAGCAUUGUGGAAGGAGCGCGUCGCGUGCACGAGCGGCAGCAGCAACGCCGAUGCCAACCCCGCCACGGCCGCCAUAGGGGCGAGCUAAUCAGCCACAAGGCCAGCACGGCCAUUGCGGAGGUGCUGAGCGUGGAGUGGACGUGCACCACAACGGCAGCGGUGAUGGAUGCCAUGAGCAAUCACCGCCUCGAUGCUGUGAUGCAGGAGAUGGGCUUGCGCGCUUUGCUCAGCCUGCAGCCUCAGUUGUCGCUGCAGCACGAUACCGAGCACGAUCAAGAUACGCCCCGACGCAGCAACAGUACACCCGCAAACAUUCACGUCGUACGUGCGCAGCUUCGGGACGUGGCAACCAUGACCAUGCAGCAAUUCUCAGCCCUGAACGACAUCGUGGUGCUGUGCCGGCGUCUUCUACACAUUGCGCCUUGAGGGUCUGAUCAGGAUGGUUAUGGUGAGGGGUGGAGUUGUUUAUGAUGAUGGCGAAGUGAUGGUGCUCUGAGAGCUCUGUGUUGUUUUCUUCUUCUCUUUGGGUUUUGUAUCUGCAAUUGCAUUCAUAGUCGAAGUAGGUCAGGGUUAGGGCUGUAUUGUUUGACGGUGUUCAUGCAUGACAUCACGGAAUUACGUCUGUCGUUUGAAUCGGUGGGUCUAAGCUGCUGCUUGGCAGCAGACAUUACUCCCUGCUCUUGUGCACGUUGAAGGCACGCAAGUAAACAACACAACAAGCAAAC